AUGUCCUGCAAGUCACUAGAUCCCUCAAGCGGCAUCUGCUUCGCCAGCAGCAACAACCUCACCUUACUACUCUCAACCUUCAAAGAUUGCUGCGACCUUGCUCCCAUCGUCCAGUACUACGACAGCUCUAUUGGAUGCAGUGCUUAUUGUCCCCUCAUGCCCAAUGGCCGAAAGGGCCGUUCGCUCCGGGAUUGCCUUGCCGAGAAUCUGAAGACUGCCUCGUGCUUUAUGCCAGAUGAUGUUGCUGCUGCUCCAGGCGUUAUUGCGCAAGCCAGCAAGGCUGCUAAAGAGCCUGUUUGCUCGGCUUGCGCUGCUGCAUCGGCGACGACGACGACUGGGGCUGCGGUUCGGAUGUAUAGUGCUGAAACAAGUUCAUGGAAGACUGGGCUUACCGUUGGGGCCGUGUUAUUUACUGGAAUGUUCGCUGGGGGGUUCUUGAUUUAA